UGACAUCACUGCAACAGAGAGAAGAGUUUUUUGCCAUUCACACGCAAUCAGCUGUUUUAGUUUGGCCCAAGAAAUGGAUGUGACGCUGGACAAAAGGCUGCAAGGAUUUCAGCUUGUGGCCCAAGAGAAGCUCCAAGCGAUACUGUGUUCCAUACCUGGAAAAAAAGAACUGAUUUUGGAGCCAGCCUUGAUCAAGCCGCUGGAACAUGUUUGCACCGCCUCCUGGCUAAAAUUAAAGGGCAUCCAGAGGAUCUACAAGCAUGAUGCGGCGCAGUCCUUGCCGCGAUCCGCGGAGCAGGUCCACAUUUACAUGAUCCGCAGUGUUUUGGGCACAUUUCAAACCUUACUCAGGCAAUUGCAACCCGUGGCUUCGGAGGAGAUGCCGGACAUCUCUCUGAAAAUGUACCACAUUGUGUGCGUGCCCAGUUGCUAUUCCUACUUCCAGACGCUUCUGGAACAGGCCGGCCUGUGGGGAAUGGUGCAACUGCAUCACUUUAACUGGGAUUUUAUUUACUUUGACCAGGGAGUGCUCAGCUUGGAGCUGCCCAAUCUCUACGAGUGCCUUUACCUCCAGGGUAACAGUUCUCCCCUGCCUUCUGUGGCGCAAAGUCUGCGACUGCUACAGAUGAUUUGCGGACAGCCUUCGGUUAUUCUUAGCUUUGGAAACCAUUCGUCUCAGCUGCUGCAGAUGCUGCAGGCUCUGGGCAAGGUGCCUGAGCCCACGAACCCACCGGACUACGGCGGCUGGCUGGUCAUCGAUCGUGAUAAGGACUACCCCGCCAGCUUACUCACUCCGGCCAUUUAUGCGGGCCUCCUCCUGGAAGUUUUCCAGCAACGUUCCGGCGAGAUUCUGGUGGAUAACUCAAAGAACAAGAUCAGUGGCCAGAGGGUGGAAUUGCUACAGGGAAAAGCCUCAAAGGGGGGCUUGUCCCAGGCCAGUAGCAAGCCCUGCUCCAUUCGCCUGAACUCUGCCUCCGAUGAGAUCUACGGAGAUAAUCGCUACAAGCACUUUGCCCAGGUGAGCAGCUUGAUUCGAGCACAGGUCAAGGCCUUGGGAUUGGAACUGCAAAAGCUUAGCGACAUGCAGCUAGAGGAGAUGCACGACUAUGUGGCCAGGAAGCUGCCCAAGCUUACCGAACUAAAGGCCAAAGUCCUGCGGCACUUGAAUGCCAGCGAGAUCGUCAUCAAAAUGAUGGGUAACUUUAGAAGAUUGCAGACCCUGGAGGAGGACAUCCUGAAUAAUGUGUCCAGGAAACGAUUGCUUGGCGAAAUUGACGAACUACUCACCACCGAUGGUCAACGCCUCAAUACACUUCGGUUGCUGUGCCUGCUGCAUCAUUGUGCCGGCGUGGCGCCCGAGGAGCUGCAGAGCUUUGCCAGAAACUAUUGCAACCUGUUUGGUCACCAGGAGUUAAGUGUGUUCCAGCAGCUGACGCAGGCGGGACUGUUGCCACAACUUGUGGCGGAGAAAAAGGCACCGACUACGACAAAGCUGCUAUCCAAUCUUCCGUUGCCGAAAUUCCAACAAACCGAGUUCCAAGCAAAUGCCAAUCGUCUGAAGCUGCUCACCUCCUUCGGCGAUGGACAGGAUGGUAACGCGGUAUCCUCCUCCCUGUCUAAAAACCAGGCGAGUGGCCUACAAUCCUGCCCCAGUUUUGUGUUCAAUGGCACCUAUAUUCCAUUGGUGGCGCAGCUCUGUUCGAUUUUGCUAAAGACCAACAGUGCCGAGGAGCUGGCCUCAAAGCUGGCCAUGAUUGACGGCCUGUAUCUGCAUCUGGAGAGUGGUAGGACCACGCCCAAGGCUUAUGCUAACCAGAUGAAGACAAGUGGCGGGGCAGAUCAGGAUAUUUUCCCACUGCGCAUGAGGAAUCUCUUUGUUUUUGUAGUUGGCGGAGCCAGUUAUGCGGAGAUUGCCGCCUGCGAUUUUGUGGCAAAGCUGACGGGAGCCCAGAUAACGGUGGCAUCUGACUCUCUAAUGGCGGGUAGCGAUCUCAUCUCUGCCGCCUUUAAUCACUAACCAUGACAAGAAUCUGUGUAAACUACGCUUUAUAUAUAUUUUUUUAAUAUAACAAAGUAACAAUUUGUAUUACA